UCCUCCUACAUCGACAACCUCAUAGCGGACGGCACCUGCCAGGAUGCGGCCAUCGUGGGCUACAAGGACACCCCGUCCGUGUGGGCCGCCACUCCGGGCAAGACGCUGGCCAACAUCACGCCGGCAGAGGUGAACGUGCUGGUGGCCAAGGACCGCAGUAGUUUGUUCGUCAAUGGGCUUACGCUGGGGGGCCAGAAGUGCUCGGUGCUCCGGGACAGCUUGCAUGUGGAAGGCGAAUUCACUAUGGAUCUGCGGACCAAGAGCUUGGAUGGGACGUCCCCCACCUACAACAUCGCAGUCUGCAUGACCAACAAGACAAUAGUGCUGGUCAUGGGCAAAGAGGGGGUUCAUGGAGGUGGUGUGAACAAGAAAUGCUUCGAGAUGGCCAGUCACUUGAGACGCUCGCAGUAUUGAUGCCUGCCCGCCUCUCCCCUGCGGUACUACUGAAGCCCAUGCUGGCUGGGACCACCCGGGCCCCGCCCCCUGCAGGGGCACACCUGCCCCAGGCCUGGAUCGCCACCCAUUCCUCGCUUUCCCAUCCCCACUCGGCCACUUUUUCUAUCACAAAACCUCUUUGUUGCUGCCAAAUUUUUUUUUCUGGUUUU